GUUUCCUUUUCGAUCCCUUCGUAAAGAAGGAAAGGAGGAACUCUCCCUUCCCCUUUCUCCUCGCGGAGCCCCAAAUUAGCCGUCCUUGAAACCCUAAAUCCAUCUGAAACCCUCUCGCCACCCUUAUCCUACACCAUAUCCAUCCGAUUCCAGGCGUCGAAGGCACACGCCGCGAUUUCUUGGCGGAUUCGCCCUCAUCCGUAUCGACCUAGGGUUCCAUCGCCGCUCGAUUUGGAGGAAUUCCAAAUCCGGGGAGCUCGCAGCUUGGAUCGUUCGGAUCGGCCCUCGCUUCGUGGGGCUUUGACCUUAUCGGUUCCAGGGAGCCUCCUGCCGUGGCGAGAUUCUGGUGAGGCGGUAACUCCUUUGGGUGAAGAGGCUUUCGUUCAUCGAGGCUUGUCCCGCUGCAGCGAUCGGUGGAAAUUGCGCCUCGGAGGACCCGAUUUGGAGUUUUUCAAGCCGUCUUGCUGCGGAUCGUUGGUUUUUGCUGCUUCAACCGAUCUUUCGCCUGAUCGACCAAAGGAGUUCUUCUGCUGCUGUUUUUGAUACUUUCUCGAUCUCUCUUGGAGAAUUGCGGUCUUGAUCGAAGAACAGAGCGUGUCCCACAGCCUCAGGAAGGAAUGAAUCAUCUGUAUACAAGUCCAUGAUUUCUGUUGUUCUAGCUUAAUACGAGGCCUGCUUUUAUUCUUUUGGCCUUUAAGCAGUUUGCGGCUUAUUUUUAGGGCAACAGUUUUGUUGUUUGUGGUUUAUCUUGCUUGAAAUUGGGACAGAGAGAAGAAAAGAGAAAAAAAAAUAAUGGCUGUGUAUUAUAAGUUUAAAAGUGCCAAAGAUUACGAUUCUAUUCCCAUUGAGGGGCAAUUUAUAUCUGUUGCCAAUUUGAAAGAAAGAAUUUUUGAAACCAAGCUAUUUGGAAAAGGCACCGAUUUCGACCUCAUGAUCUCUAAUGCACAGACUAAUGAAGAAUAUGUAGAUGAAGGAGCUAUGAUACCCAAAAACACAUCGGUUUUGAUUCGUCGGGUUCCAGGACAGCCACGGAAGCCUAUUGUCACUGAAAGAAAUGAGAUGAAAAUUGUAGAGGAUAAAGUAGAGGAUCUUCCACCAUCUAGUAGCUUGUUGGUUGAUGCUUCUUCUACUACCAAAUAUCCCGAAGAAUUUGAAUGGGAUGAAUUUGGGAAUGAUCUAUAUGCCAUUCCUGAAGUUAAUCCUGCUCAAUCGAGUAAUCCUGUUAUAGAUACUUCUCCUGCCAACAAGGUUGAUGAAGAUAGCAAGAUUAAGGCUUUGAUCGACACGCCUGCCCUUGACUGGAAUCGCCAAACACAAGAUGCCUAUGGUGCUGGAAGAGGCUUUGGGAGGGGGAUUGGUGGCAGGAUGAUGGGUGGUCGUGGUUUUGGGCGAGGUAUGCUUGAACGUAAGACACCCCCAGCAGGCUAUGUCUGUCAUAGAUGCAAAGUGCCUGGCCACUUUAUCCAGCAUUGCCCCACAAAUGGAGACCCUAACUAUGACAUCAAAAGGGUGAAACCUCCUACUGGAAUUCCAAAAUCAAUGUUGAUGGCGACUCCUGAUGGCUCCUAUGCAUUGCCAAGUGGUGCAGUUGCUGUUUUGAAGCCAAACGAGGCUGCAUUUGAGAAAGAAAUUGAGGGGUUGCCAACCACUCGUUCCGUCAGUGAUCUUCCACCAGAAUUGCGUUGCCCUUUAUGUAAAGAGGUGAUGAAAGAUGCUGUGCUAACUAGCAAGUGUUGUUUCAGGAGUUUUUGUGAUAAAUGCAUUAGAGACUACAUAAUUACAAAGCUGAUGUGUGUGUGUGGGGCAACAAACAUAUUGGCGGAUGACCUUCUUCCCAAUAAAACACUCAGGGAAACAAUAAGUCGGAUUUUAGAAUCAGCAACUAGUAGUACAGAAAAUGCUGGAAGUAUGGUACAGGUCCAAGAUAUGGAAUCAGCUCGUCCUUUUCAGCCAAAAAUUCCAUCUCCUACCCUUUCUGUUGCUUCCAGAGAUGAACCUAAGCAACCUACGAUGGAGCAACCUUCUCAUAAGAAAGAAGGUGAAGUUGCAUGUGAAACCAAGGAUUCAAACAAUGAGAUGAACUCUUUGGAUAAGAAAUCUGCGAUAAAUACUAAUGUAUCUGAAGCAACCCCAGAGCCUUUGAGUAAGGGACCAAAGUCACCUGAGAGUGCUCCAGUGCCUGAAGAUGUCCAACAAGAAAAGCAUCUUGCUGGAGACCUAGGGAAGAAAAAGAAGAAGAAAAAGGCCCGUCUCCCUGGCACUGCUGGUGACAUGCAAUGGAGAGCCUACCAGGAUCCUGGAGCUGAAAAUUUUGGCAUGCCUGUGGCUGCUUCAGGCUACAAUCCAUACUGGGCUGGCGGUAUGCCAUUGGGUGUUGAUGGCUACAUGGCACCUUUUGGUGGUCCAAUGCCAUUUAUGGGAUAUGCACCAGGUCCUUUUGAUGUUCCUUUUGGUGGGGGGAUUUUUCCGCAGGAUCCAUUUGCUGCGCAAGGUUUUAUGAUGCCUGCAGUUCCAAGGGACCUAUCUGAGUUAGGGAUGGGCAGUAUGGGCAUGAAGCAGGGGCCUCCAGGUAUGAGCAGAGAUGACUUCGAUGCAAGAAAGGCUGAUCUGAGGCGCAAGCGUGAAAUGGAGCGAUUUAGUCAAAGGGAUCGGGAGCACUCCAAGGAUCGGGAGUCAAGGAGGGAAUCGAGCAGCGUUAAUGAUGCUUCUUCUAUGAGACCAAAGCCCAGGCCGAUGUUCCAGGCGGACCGGUUCGACCGGGAACGGGACCGGUCCGAGAGGUCCGCAAGCGUGGGCCGCCAUGGACCGGCCCGCGACUCCGCCCGGCACUCGCCACCACGGCCCAGAAAGAGGAAAGCCGCGGAGGACCACGACGAGGCGCCCUCCGACGCAGCCGCCGAGGCCGCCAAGGCGGAGCGGAAGCAGAAGGGCAGCGUCUUCUCCCGCAUCAGCUUCCCGGACCCAGGGGAGGGGGCGAGUAAGAAGAGGAAGUCCUCGUCGUCUGAGCUCGCACCGAGGAACGGGCUGAAGGAGCCGGCGGGACGCAAGGUCGGGUCCGAGGGGCAUCGCGACGAGCCCAAGGGCGGGAAGAGCUCGUCGGUGAGCGCGAAGAGGGGGAGCGGCGGGCACGAUCUUGAGUCGAGCGAGGAGGAGUACCACUUCAAGCGGAGGCCUUCGUCGUCGUCGUCGAGAAGGGACGCGGCGGUGGACCGGGAGGAAGAGGCUCCCCGGACAUCCAGGCGUUCUCGGGAGCGGGAGCGGGAGCGCGAGCGCGGGCCUCAUGAACGUGGUGGUAGGGAACGUGAACGCGGCCACGAGCGUCCUGCGAGCAAGCGAAGAUGAGAGAGAGACAGCAAUUUCGUAGAUGUUUAUGUAAUUAAUUACCUGGGGCUUUUAUAUUUACAGAUCUAUUGUAAUAAGAAUUCAACUUGGAAUUUGGUCUUUCCCUUUUUUUAUAAUUUCCACUGGUAAUUAUCUUA